UAAUGAACACCAUGAGAUCCCGCGGUUAAUCGCAUCAUGAUCCAGAUAGCCUGGUCGCCUUUCGCAAUGUUAAUACUCUUAUCGCCGGUAGAAAUCCUCAAUGGAUACACUGGUAUACGAGCAGUAACGAUACCAAGCCCGGUUCUUGACAGGCCGUCUCGGAAUCGGACCGCAUGCUGAGCUGUAUACAGCCAUAUGGCAAUCUCGAAUGCGGGGAAUUCCCGAAAAAGAGUUGAUAUGCACUUGAUUGCCGUAUAACAUAUACUACGCCUUCCACCUGUAGUCGCCCUAUCGCCACGAAGAUGAAGUCCUCCGUCCUUCAGCUGCUCCUUCCGCUUGUGCUGGCCUCUCCAACACCGGCACCCAUAUAUCCACACCCCAAACAGGGCUCCCAUCCCAAACCUGCUCAAGGUCUCGGCGAUCUCGCAAAGAGAGCUGGACUAAAGUACUUCGGCACCGCUAUUGACAACGUCGUCCUCGACAAUGACGAGUACACCUCAAUAGCCUUUAACCGCUCCGAAUUCAACCAAGUCACCCCGUCCAACGGCCAAAAGUGGAUACACACAGAGCCCCAACGCAACGUCUUCAAUUGGACGCUUGGCGACGAGAUCGUUGACCCGAGCAAAGAUGCGCACCAAAUGCGGCGCUGCCAUACCUUCCUCUGGCACCAACAACUCCCCGACUGGGUGAACAACGGCAACUGGACCAAAAGCAGCCUCCUAUCUGUCUUAGAAACACACAUCAAAACUGUCGCAGACUACUACUGGAACGACUGUUACGCCUGGGACGUCGUAAACGAGGCAUUCGAGGACGAUGGCACGCUGCGUAAAUCUAUCUGGCUCGAUGUCAUUGGCCCAGAGUACAUUGAACAUACGUUCCGCCUUGCGAGAAAGUACACAAGUCCAGGCACAAAAUUGUAUUACAACGACUACGGAAUUGAAAGAGUAAACAACAAGAGUUUGGCUGUUGCACGCAUGAUCAGCGAGUAUCAACGCGCUGACGUACCGAUUGAUGGUGUAGGACUACAAGCGCAUUUCACCGUAGGCAGAGCGCCAACUUAUGACGAUGUUCGGGCUUCGCAACAGCUGUUCUCCGCGUUGGGUUUGGAGACUGCGCUGACGGAGUUGGAUGUUCGUAUCGGGCUGCCUGACAAUGCGAACAAGACGGCUGCGCAGGCGGCUAUCUACGCGGACUCCGUGCGUGCGUGUGUUGAUGAGGAGAGCUGUGUUGGAGUUACCGUUUGGGACUUUUGGGAUCCGGUUAGUUGGGUGCCGGAGAGUUUCCCGGGUAAUGGGAAUGCUUGCUUGUGGGAUGAGAAUUUGGAAAGGAAGCCGGCGUAUUAUGCUAUUGCUGAUAUGCUGAGGGAGGCGGCGGCGAAGAGGGGAUAAGCUGGGAGACAUCGGGCCCAGAGUUUGAGAGUGUGUGCACUGUAGACUCAUCGUUACAGCAGUGUUCUGUCUUACGAAAUGUUGCGGGUUCCAUUUUGCAUGCCGCAUCCUUACAUGGUUGUGGCCUUCUUUUACAAGUAGGGUUUUGCCUGGGC